AUGGAAGACCCAACCUCCGAGAUCACCACCAUAAUUCACCACCUCACGCAGGGUAGCCCGCAAGACCAAGAGCGCACCAUUCAGAAGUUCUUCACCCCGUCUGCCUCUUUUGUGCACCCCUUCUGCCGCGUGUGGAGCUCUCCGGGCAGCCGGUGGUUCAUUGAGAAGAUUUAUCAGUGGUACAAGAUCAUGUCUCCGAGGAUUGAGAUGGAGGUGCAAUCUGUUGCAUACGACAAACCCAGCCAAAAACUCUACCUAACCAUGUCCCAAAUCUUCUCCAUCUGGCUGGUCCCCUUCCACGUGGCCCCCGUCACGCUGACCACCGUCCUGUCCCUAACCACCGACCCGGAAGACGGACGGACCCCGCUCCAAGGGUCCGGAAAACGCUACUACAUCAAAAAGCAAGAGGACUUUUAUCAACCCUCCGAGUUCAUCAAGUUUGUGCUGCCCUGGGGCAUUGGGCAGUUGCUUGUGCUGGCGGCGCAGACGUGGGCGACGCUGUUCUGUAUCGUCGGAUGCGCGGUGUUUUGGCCGCUGGUGUGGUUGGAGGAGAAGGGGGUGGUGCCCGGGCGGGUGCUGCGGAAGGGGAAUCUCGGGGGGGAUGUGGUGGGGUGGGAGAAGAGGCGGUUUUUGGGGGUGAAUGGGUGCGAUGAGGAUCAGGAUCAAGAACAACGGGGUAAGAAUGGUGGGGAGGGGAAGAAGGUCGAGUAAAUCAACUGGGUUGCGUUGCUUUUGAUUGUAGGAUGGAUGACUGACGGAAGUGUAUCGUAACUAGUUAUAUCAGACGUGAUUUUGUGCGACUAUUACUUCAAGUUGAAUGGGGCAAGCACAAUGAAAACUUAUGUUCUUG